AUGGUGGCUGAUAAGUUAAUGGCGACCCAGGCAGUGGCCUUGUUGCCUGCCACCACUCAAGGUCGUAAUGGACAAAUCAAUAAACGCUCCAGAGCCCCUUGGCGAGCGAACUUCCUGCGUCGCCUGCCUUGGGAUGGGUUCCUUGCCUUGCUCGUUGGCGUCGCCUGCGCUCUCGCCAUGAUCCUUAUUAUCAUCAAGUCGGACGGCGACCCGGUCGAGAAUUGGAGAUUAGCACCAGGCGUAUACCUCGCAAUCGCCUCGGUCGUUGCCAAUAUUGUCCUGCGCUACACUUUCAACAAGGGCGUCGAGAUUUCGUGGUGGGUCGCGGCUCUUGGGGAGGAUAGGACAACCACCGUAGCAGACCUCCACCACAUCUGGUCUUUCGGCAGCAGCUUACGAUCAGCACUCCUGGCAGGACGUGGCUUUAACCUUGUCGCUCUCGCCUCUAUUCUGCUCGCUUUGGUACCCGCCAAUGCGCCUCUUGUGCAGCGAGCAUCGCGCACGGUUAGCCGCCCGACAGCAUACAAUGUAAACGUCCCCAUCGUGGCAGCUCCAUUUCUCAACGCCACAACAUAUACGACGGGUAUGAUCACAGGACGCAGCCACCAAAUCACCUUUAUCACGCCCUCCUUCGCGCCUGUGCUACAGGAUCACCUCCUAUCGACCCCCAUCCGAUUACAGAGCUCUCCUUGCCAAGGAGCGACAACGUGCCGUGGUAUCCUGCAGGCGGCCGGGUACAAGAUGGCGUGUGUCGACGGAACUGAGUUCUUCGACAAGACCCCACGGAUGCCGGACGAGAUCGCUGAGGAUGGUAACUCGGCCUUCAACCAAAGUGUCAUCUUCAGCACAGACUUUGCCUACAUGGUCUACGACAGUCAGCAAUACGCUGGAGAACCCAUUCUGAAUCUGACUGCCAAGUUUAAAAAACACGGCGAAUGCAAGGGCGACGUGGCAGUUCGUAAUUGCACCAUGGCGCCCGCGACGCUGGCAUACCAUGUCAUCAUUGCUAACAACACCAUUGCGCUAGAUCGCGGCUACACAUAUGAGGAUGACCGCCUGAUUAACUACACCGAGACGAAUUGGAGACAGUUACACGGCGGCAUCUAUAUCGCUCUCCAGAGCAUGUUCUCAGCCAAGGUAACGCUGCGCUUCGCGGGCGCCGUGGGCUACGAUAUGACGACGAUGGGCAUCACAGCCCUACGGUACAGCCGCCAGGCCGUGGGGGAUACAGAUUCCAUGUGCCAGAACCAGUGGCUUGAUCCGACCCACGACAUUCUUAUGACGGCGCGAGAGCUCAUGUUCAGACUCGCAUUGCAAGGCAAUAACACGGACGUCGUGGCGCAGUCAGUCCUUCUUACACAGAGAGGGACCGAGGUCGUCUACACAUCCGACUUCUUCUUUCUGGGUUUAGCACUACUGCUAAUCGGCCUGGCUUCUAUUUCUGUUAUGCCACUCCUGAUGUACUGGUGGCGUCUCGGGCGGGACGUUUCAUUGUCACCGAUCGAGAUUGCGAGGGCGUUUAGCGCGCCAGAGCUCAUGGACUCAGGAUCCAACCUGGAUGCCAGUCGAUUGGUCAAAGAAAUCGGCACCAGGGAUGUUCGAUACGGUGUUGUGUCGUGCCAAAGUGCGGAUGGUUGGGAUCAAAUCACGUCGGAACUCGCUUUUGCUCCCUCUGAUGUGGUUCAAGCUCCGCAAAAAGGGGAACAGUACUAA